AUAUUCUUCUAAUGGUAUCACUCGUGUCAUCGUAUGCGUUCAAGUACAAUUGACGAUCGCGUUCCUGUUCAUGCCGGUCAUGCCGGUCAUAGAUUUUGAUCAACGUUCGGCAGUGUCAACCAUGGAAGAAAUUACGACGAAACGUCCACAUUUUCGGCUAAGGCUCGAUCUGUCCAAGUUCUUUCACGACGCACGUCGUUUCUGCUGGAUUUUCAUUGAUGGAACGAAGAUUCAUCAGGUUAUUCACAUGCAACAACAUAUCAGCAAACUGUUCACCAUCACGGAACCGUUCCAUUUGUUGUUAAACGAGACUGAAUAUUUGCCGCCAAUAGAAGAUAUUAGGAUACUCAAGGAGAACGAGACUAUCUCGGUAGUCCCUGGAUUUGGUAUAAAUAAUGAUGUUUCUACUGUAAUAGAAAUAAGCAAUGACUUUACACACAGUAAAAAGAGUCAGACAACAAAUGCUAAGACAGAAAAACGGGAAAUGGUUGUACAAGAUACGUUUAAUGAUACUUUUAAUAAUAAUAUGCAGCCAACUCCAAUAAGUAAUAUUACAACAGAUAUGACGUACUACAGUAUAAUUAAUGAUACAGUAAUCAGUCCUAGUGAAGGGGAUACAGAUAACUCUAAAACUACAGAUAACAAUAUAACGGAAGAUUGUAAUCUGUUAGAUUCUCUUGCACAAGUUACAAAAAGGAAACGAGUGCGAAAACGAAAGCCAAGAAAUCGAACUCAGAUUCUAGAUCAAUCUCAGGUUGUUAUACCAAAUGUCUCUCCCGAGACAAAUGAGGAAAAACCAAAAGAACCGAAAUUAAAGAAACCAAAAAUAAUAGAUUCCUAUAUUAUUCCAUCUGGAAAACAUAUAAGAUUUGAUAUAGAAAAUGAAAAUCAUAUUGCAAAACAAAUAGUGCAAGAAUCGUCUAAAAAUGAAUCUUGCUUAAGUAAAGGAUCGUCUUCCAGAGAUCUUUCUACACUUUUAGCAUUAGGACAUAGUUCUACACCAAUAACGUUUGUAAACAAAAAAUUAAAAAACGUUAAAAAGGAUAAUACAUUAAACGAAGACAUAAAAAUAAAAAAUUUAAAUAAAAUUAUGGAGGAUAGUGCAGAAAAAAAGUCAUGUAUCAAAGAAUCUAAGAAAGAAGUACAAACUAUAUACCUGCAAGAUGCAUUAGAAAAGCUUCCAGUCAUGACUAGAAAACCUCAACUUGAUGAGAUUAUCGCUCUUAAAACUUUGAAGAUUGGUGCAGAUUACACGCCUCAGGUGUCUAACUCUAUUCUUACCAAAGUAGUAGAAAUGGAAGAAUCUAGUGGAAAUUAUACUCUUCAGAUACUUUCUGGCAAAGAGGAGGUCCAAGUGCCAUUUGGAAAGUUCGCUCUUUCAGACGACGAGUCUGAGAAUCAUCUUCACGGAAAUAAAUUAAUGCUUAAUUAUUCACACAUGAUAGAACCACGCCUAAUUCCUUCUAUUCCGUAAUCUUUCAUUUUAUAAGUACUUGUUCCUAUGUUUUAACCUAGUUCUUUUUAAAACGCAACUGUGUAUUUUUUAUGUUUAAUUUGUUAAUUAAUUUACAUAAUUUUUAUUUUUAUUUGUGUAUGUUCAGAUUUAUUACGUUACUUUAAUCGUUGCGUUUUUUUUAAAAUAUUUAAUAGUUUUGACAUAUUGAUAUGCAAUUUAAUUUUUAAUACUUGAUUUGUGUAUAAAGCAUGUAUGGAUUAAGCUAUAAGUUUACAAAUGGAUUACUAAUAUUUGUGUUUAGGCAAAAAAAUUUUCUUAUUUUCACAUGAUCUUUUAUUUUAUUGGAUUGUUACAUAAGUUUGUUCCGUUUUUUUGUCUUUGUUUCAAUGAAAUGUUUUCAUUAUACAUUUCAUUGAAAAAAAAGAACCGAACAAACUUGUGUAACAAUCUAAUAUAUACAUCUCAGGGAAAAGAAAAAUUGAAAUAUUCUAAAUGAAUGUUACUGCGCACAUUUAUCACACAAGAUGUAGAUAAUGUACAUAUGCAAGACUUUGAAUCAUUUAGUUUCACUUAUACGUAAUAUACAAGAUAAAUGCUAACCGAAAAUUUAUUUGUCAUCAAAUUUUUGCAUACUAAAAGAGUCUGUAUCUGAUAUUUUUAUUUGAUAGUUACAAAACUGCUACAAUUUUUCGUUAUCAUAAUGUUCUUAUUCUUUACUAUGUAAUACUAAACUUACAAUUAUUUUAUCAAUUUGUUUUCAAAUAUUAAUUCAUAAUUCUAAAUUAAUGAUAUUUCUGAAAUUUUAAAUGCCAGUAUAUUAAUGCAUAAUUACACGUACGAUGGCACAUGACAAGUUUAAAAAUCAAUACACAUAACUUGCACAUGAACAGUUCUAUUUUUUGUUUAUUUAUAUUCUAUAUUCUGUACUGAAAAUAAAAUAAGUAUAUUUAUAAAAUAUUAGAUGUUAAAUAGGAAAAUAAAAUAAAGAAGAAUGAUGAUCAGACAAAAGAUUUACUUUCAAAGAAUAAACGUGAUUUGAAUCCAA